AUGUCUAAAGCUGUCGGUAUCGAUUUGGGUACUACAUACUCAUGUGUCGCCCACUUCUCCAACGACCGUGUGGAAAUCUUGGCCAACGACCAAGGUAACAGAACCACCCCUUCGUUCGUGGCCUUCACUGACACCGAAAGAUUGAUCGGUGAUGCCGCCAAGAACCAGGCCGCCAUGAACCCUUCCAACACCGUUUUCGACGCCAAGCGUUUGAUCGGUAGAAACUUCUCCGAUGCCGAAGUGCAAGGUGACGCCAAGCACUUCCCAUUCAAGAUUGUGGACGUCAGCGGCAAGCCACAAAUCCAGGUUGAGUUUAAGGGCGAAACCAAGGUGUUCACUCCAGAAGAAAUCUCCUCUAUGAUCUUGACCAAGAUGAAGGAGACUUCCGAGAGCUACCUAGGCUGCAAGGUGAACGACGCCGUCGUCACCGUCCCAGCUUACUUCAACGACUCCCAAAGACAAGCUACUAAGGAUGCCGGUACCAUUGCUGGUUUGAACGUUCUACGUAUCAUCAACGAGCCUACCGCUGCCGCCAUUGCUUACGGUUUGGACAAGAAGGACGAAGGUGAAAAGAACGUUUUGAUCUUCGAUCUCGGUGGUGGUACUUUCGAUGUUUCUCUAUUGUCCAUCGAAGACGGUAUCUUCGAAGUCAAGGCCACUGCUGGUGACACUCACUUGGGUGGUGAAGAUUUCGACAACAGACUGGUCAACCACUUUGUUCAAGAAUUCAAGCGUAAGAACAAGAAGGACUUGACUACCAACCAAAGAGCUUUGAGAAGAUUGAGAACUGCAUGUGAAAGAGCAAAGAGAACUUUGUCUUCUUCCGCUCAAACCUCCAUCGAAAUUGACUCUUUGUUCGAAGGUAUUGACUUGUACACUUCCAUCACCAGAGCUAGAUUCGAGGAAUUGUGUGCUGAUUUGUUCAGAUCCACCAUCGACCCAGUCGAGAAGGUUUUGAGAGAUGCCAAGUUGGACAAAUCUCAAGUUCACGAAAUCGUCUUGGUUGGUGGUUCUACCAGAAUUCCAAAGGUUCAAAAGUUGGUCUCCGACUUCUUCAACGGUAAGGAACCAAACAGAUCUAUCAACCCAGAUGAAGCUGUUGCCUACGGUGCCGCUGUCCAAGCUGCCAUCUUGACCGGUGACCAAUCUUCUAAGACUCAAGACCUAUUGUUGUUGGAUGUUGCUCCAUUGUCUUUGGGUAUUGAGACCGCUGGUGGUGUCAUGACUAAAUUGAUCCCAAGAAACUCUACUAUCCCAACUAAGAAGUCCGAGAUCUUCUCCACUUACGCUGACAACCAGCCAGGUGUGUUGAUCCAAGUCUUCGAAGGUGAGAGAGCCAGAACAAAGGACAACAACUUGUUGGGUAAGUUCGACCUAAGUGGAAUCCCACCUGCCCCAAGAGGUGUCCCACAAAUUGAAGUUACUUUCGAUGUUGAUGCCAAUGGUAUCUUGAACGUUUCUGCUGUUGAAAAGGGUACUGGUAAGUCUGAAAAGAUCACCAUCACCAACGACAAGGGUAGAUUGUCCAAGGAAGACAUUGAAAGAAUGGUCUCUGAAGCUGAAAAAUUCAAGGACGAAGAUGAGAAGGAAGCUUCCAGAAUUGGUGCCAAGAACCAAUUGGAAUCUAUGGCUUUCUCUUUGAAGAACACCAUCUCUGAAUCCGCUGACAAGCUUGAAGAAGCCGACAAGGAAACUUUGAACAAGAAGUGCGAAGAAGUUAUCGCUUGGUUGGACAGCAACACCACUGCCACCACUGAAGAAUACAACGACCAAUUGAAGGAAUUGCAAGAUGUUUCCAACCCUAUCAUGAGCAAGUUGUACCAACAAGGUGGUGCCCCAGAGGGUGCUGCUCCAGGCGGCUUCCCAGGUGGAUCUGCCCCAGCUCCAGAAGCUGACGGUCCAACCGUCGAGGAAGUUGAUUAA